ACGCCCCCAUUUUGUCCUCUGCCAUUUCCCUCUCUCCCUCUCUCUUUUUCCUCCAUGUUCUUUCUCUUUUGUUGUUUACCACACUUCCAUGACAUUUAUGAUACAAACUUUAUAAAAAAAACAUUUUUUUUCUAUCACAGAAAAACGAACCCAUUAGGCAGGGGAACAAUUAUAUUUCUAGAAUAAAACCUACACCUUGAACACAAUACUCUCCUUCCCAGUCACAUACAUUUUGCACAUUAUCUUCUUAUUUCACUCAUCCAUCUGUGGUGCCAUUUACCGUACUCCUCUUUGCGUAGUUCCUGUAAUGACCUGGCCCGAAUCUACCAUUUUUACCCCAAACACGGUAGUGGUUGCUUCUCUUCGGUAGCAUUCAACAAGUGGCUUACUUGCUAGACUCCAAAACAACCCCAACUGCCAGUCAUCGUCCUCAAUGGAACAUAAACUACAUUAGCCAGGUGCUUUCCUCACCUAUCAUGUUUAGGGUGGCCUCAUGAGAUGAUGUGCUCCUUCAGCACAGCUGGGAGCUGCAGCCAUUGAUGGUUUGCUGUGGUUUUAUGGGACAACUGAUCUGUUUUUGUUUAUAUAGGAGGAGGAUAUAUUUGAGUACGUAGAAGCUAUUUUAGUCUGCACCAGUUCUUUUUUUGUACAUGAACGACAUGUAGUGUUUGUCAAAGUUUAGAGGAGGAGUAUUAUUCUGACCUGGCUAAAUCAUCAGAAUAAAACCUGUUAGAAAGCACAUUAAAAACAAAUGUUCAAACAAUAAUCCUGUUUACAUAACCUCUCAGACAGUACACGUAGUAGUGGUAACAAUAAUUUUAUUUUGGCACUUUUCAAUACACUCAAGGUCAUCUUACAGCAUGAAAUUAACAACAAAAGUAAUAUUAGGAGAAAUUUAAAAUCCUGAAUGUAAAACAUAUUAAAAAACAAACAAACAUGAUUAUAGUUGAUAUGCUGAUCUGAACAGGUAAGUGUUCUGUGAUUGAAACUGUCAGAGUCCAGCUGAUAGAGGUGAAGCGAUGCUGUGUUCCAAAGACGAGGCGAACCUCAGCUUCUGGCACCCGUGGUGUUAAGUCUGAUACAUGGAACAGUCGGUAGAGUGGCUGAGCUGAGUAUAUGAAGGAGUGUGAGGAUGAAGAAGGUCUGAGAGACACUGGGGUUGUCAAGUCAUUAAGCACUUUGAAAGUGAGGAGAAGAAUCUGUAUUGGAUGCAUUGGCGAAUGGGGAGCCAAUGAAGCUGGGUGAGAUUAUGUGUAAUGUGAUCGGUGGACUUGGUGCAGUUGAUGAUUCUUGCUGCAGAGUUAUGUACCAUUUGGAACCAAUUAAGCAAUUCUUUGGGGAGCCCAGAGAGAAUGGCAUAGAGGGAAUAAUCCAAAUGAAAGGUGACCAGGGCGUGAACCAGAACUUGUGUGCUGAGUUGAGAAAGAAACAAGUGUAGUUUCGAAAUGUUACAUAGGUGGAAGAAGGCUGAACCUGAGACAUUAUUGGAGAGGGAAAAGGCUGAACCUGAGACAUUAUUGGAGAGGGAAAAGGCUGAACCUGAGAGGAAGAGUAUUGCCCAAGAUUAUUCCAAGACUUUUGACACUUUUUGCAAAAGUGUGGACUUAAGAACCACCUAUAGAAACAACAAAAAAUAGACUUUUGAUUUAGGAUCAUUUCACGUUUACUGAUGUCUAGUUUGAGCUGAUUGAUUAUUUUCCCAGUGGUGAUGGCCUGUAGGUCAUGGCGAGGAUAGAAGGGGGAAGAGAGGUGUUGGGUUUUGCAGAAAUACAAAGCUGUUUGUCGUCAGCAUAAAAAUUAAACUGUUUUGUGAGAUGGGGGAAAAAUAUUUUCAAGAUAAAGAAGAUAAAUUCAUAAUUUGCACAGAAAGAUACCUGAGGGAUACCAUGUGUGACAGAGGCUGAUGAAAAGCCUUAUUUGUUUUUGUAAGUCUUGCCUUGAAAAAAUCAUUUAUGUCAGAAAGUCUCCUUGAUUCCAAUAUUGACCAGUUGUUGGCCAAUAUUGGAAUGCGGAAUGUAAAAAGUGGCACUGAGGUCAAAGAGGAGGAGGGUAUUAAGAAAGCAGGUUUCUAGUGUGAGGAGAUCAGUGGUGAUUUUAACAAGCUGCUCCAAAUAUGUCUAGAAUGGAAUUGAAAUGGCUUGGGUGGGUCUGAAGAUGUGAUGCCUCUAUGCUUUCCAAAACUCAGGAAAUGGAUGAAAGGCUGGAAAUGGCCCUAUAGUUAUUAAGGUUGUUGGAGUCAGAUGAUGAGCAUGUUAAUUUAAGUUUUAAAAUCUGCUAUGACUUUACAGCUCGUGGCUCAAAUCGGUCAACAACUGCUUCACUGGGUGAAUGGGUUAAAUGCAGAGGAACUAUUUCCCUAUGGGGGCUAACACAUACACAUUAUUAUUAUUAUAUCAGUUUCCUUCUUACUGGAUCUUUGGUUCUCUCUCUCUGUUUUUGUUUUGUUUGUUUUUUUAAAUUAAUGAGAUUGUCAAAAAAUUAAUGAAAAUCACUAUUCGUUUUUACGGUAGGAAAGGUAUUGGUUUAAAUACACAUUGCUUUAGUAAGAACACAGCUGUAGCUAGUGUAGCUACCAGUAUUAACUGAUUUGACAGCACUGUUAUAAGUACAUUUGCCAAAGUAUCAUAUCAUCGCAGGUAAGAUGCAUUAAAAUUCUUAAAAUGCAAACUUGUGGAUCCACAGAUUUGCAGCAGCAAUGUGGAGUUGAGAUCACUGCUAGCAAAUAUAGCCAUGGCUCUUCAGUGGCUCUCUGACAGGCUCUGUAGGUCAAAGGCAGGGAGAUCUGUCCAGUCCAUGUUUGGCUCUGUCCCACCUUUGUGUCUUUUAUGUGAAUAUAGCCAGAUCCACAUCAAGUCUGGAUGCAUUUGAGACAGACACCUGGCAGGAUACAUGGGAGAAGCCACGUUUGGUCAAAUUUCACUUCCUGCUGCCGUUUGAUUUUAUCUUUAGGAAGCUGCGACUGUUGCUGAACAGGAAAAAAAAGUGUUCAUUCGUUCUUGAGAAUACAGCUUGCACAAGAGGUUGGAAGAUGCAGACUCUGCAACUCUUUCCCAAGUGUUUUGGCAUUUCCAAAUCUACAUACCUUUGUGUUGUAUAUGUACUGCAUCCUUUUUCAUUUGUAAGUUUAUUUGGCUUCACGGUUUGGUUUCUUAUUAUUUCAGGUCACAAUUUCUCCUUAAGCAUGUCUCCCUGCCUCUGACCAUCUUGCUUUUAAAUGCUUGAACUGUGAACAGGGCCCAAGAGAGUAGGAGUUCUAGCUGAAGCAGAAGUCACACCCCUCUGCAUUUUGUAAAACUGCAUUCAGAAAUCAUCCAUUUAGUUUGUUCUUCAUAGACAAAUAUGUAUCGCUAAUACUUUUCUUUGCAUAUGUAAAGCCAAAGUCAAGUAAUUUUAAAGUAACUGAUGGUUUUGUUUAAGUUUAAAUGAGCAACACAAUCUUGCAUUAAUUCUUACUGUGGAAAAAGUAUGCAAAAUGUUACAUAAAGACUAGACUAUAUGCCAUGAUCCUCUCUGCUUGACUUGCGUGACUGACAGGAAGUGUGCUGUAGCGUGACCAAAGGGAAAGUUAACUAUUUUUGGAAAGUUUUAUUUGGUAAAUAAAAGCAUGAAAAUCAGUGAGGCUCAAAGUAGAGGCACCAUAAUACUUGCUCAUUGAAGAUUAUUCUAAAACAUAAAUUGAACUUAAGGCAGGGAAUGAAUAAUAUGAAAUCAGCUUAUUAUGGUAGCAUAUAAAAAAGACAUACUUGAAGCAUAUCCACACAAUAUACCUUUUGCAGUUUACUUAAACAAGGGAUAAGGGAAACAAAAAUAUGGGAAAUGAUGGAUCGUCUGUAACUAUUUCUUGUGGACCUUUUAUGUUCUUGAGUAAUCACAGAAGUGUUAAAUUUGUUAAUUUACAGAAAAUUGUGGGAAGAUUUGUUCCCAGUUCCUUUAGAGUCCAAGGUGACAUUUUGCAGGGAACCAAAAUAUGCUGAUUUUUAUCAGGAACAUUUUGGAUGUAGUCUUGUUUCUGAUUAAUAUUGUCUUGAUUGCCUAAUCAGUUAAUAAAUUAAUCAAACCUAAUAUGUUUUUUUUUUCUCAACUUUGCAUAUUUGCGUCUUCAUUAGAUCCUGACUGAUAUUUUGGUCCCCUGACAUUAUCAGCUGAUAUUGGCCUAUUAUGCAGUAUAUACACUAGCCAGACACUUCAUUAGGUACAGCUUGAUAGUACCAGGUUUUACUGUCAGAACUGCUAUAAUUCAACAUGGUGCUGUAAACAUUCCUCAGAGGUUUUGGUCCAAACUGACAUCAUGGUGUUAAUUGCUGCAGAUUUGUCUGCUGCACAUACGUGACAGCAAUCUCCCAUUCCACCACAUACCAAAGGUGCUCUGUUGGAUUGAGAUCUGGUAACUGUGGAGACCGUUUAAGUACAGUGAACUUAUUCUCAUAUUCAAGAAACAAGUUUGAGAUAUUUUGAGAUGAUUUGAGCUUUGUGACACGUCAUGUUAUCCUGCUGGAAACAGCCAUCAGAAGAUGUGUGGUGGUCACAAAGGGAUGGGCAUGGUAACAGUACUCUUUAAUACUGUUUAAAUGAUGAUCGUUGGUAAUAAAGGGCCCAAAGUGUAUCAAAAAAUAUCCCCCACACCUUCACGUCACCUGGCCUGAACUGUUGAUGCAGGGCAGGAUGGAUCUGUGCUGUAAAUAGCAUUGGUGGAUAGUUCAAUAAUUAUCUGAACCAAAAAAUCUAGUAUUGGUCAGGCAUCAGAAUUUCUAUCAAAGCUAAACUACAGGCAUGAAAAGGGGUAACACUUUAGGUUUUCAUAAAAAACACAGUAGCUGUACUUGGAGUGAACUCAGUCUCUGUAGACGUGUUCUGCGACAGGGGGGUGAUGUGCGAUUGAUCUGAUUGAAGGAAAGAUUGUCACUUUUUAUGGAAAUGAAUGUUGUGUACCCACAGUAUGUUUUAGAGCAAACACUGCUUUGGCUCAAACACUCAUUAAUAAUGUCUUCCAGUGUCUACAAUUACAGUCAUCUGUUGAUUUAUUUUUGGCAGCAUCCACUGACACACUCAUGAGAUUUUUGCAUAUUUUAAAAUUUAAAUAAAUUCUUGGAAAAAUGAUUAAGUGAUUGACAGACCCGUUUGUGUCUGUGAUCAGAGUUUGAUUGACAAAAACAGCGAGGUUGGUACCUUAGGCCCACUAUUUAUGUGAAUCAGUAAAAUAACAGAUUGGUUGAUAAUAACACUAAUAGUUUUUUGAGUCCUCAGUCUUUGUGGACUAAUACACCAGUACAAAGUAUUUCCUGCAAAGUGCAUACAAGACACUAUGCUGAAUGUAGGUUUUUAUAUGUCUGUCGCCCUUUUUCUCAUUUCGCUCCAUAAUUUGCAGCUUUCGCGUUGUCUCGCUUUCAUCAUUGGCAGGAUAUGCAUGACCAUUGUGGACCGUGAGGCCACCGUCUCGCCGCUCAACAUCUAUCUGAUCUCUCCACGCAUCCCAUUUCACUGAAGGUGCCGUGGUCGUCAGAUGACGUGAAAAGAGAUGAAAGUUCUUCACACUUGAACUUUGACGUUUCCUCAGGCGUCAAUCAGCAGCUCAUUUUGUGUGUGUGUGUGUGUAUGCAUGUGCGUGUGAUCCAUGGGACUGUUUGAUGCAUCAUUUCAAGCAGAAUAAUAUCUCCGUGCUAUUCUUUUACUUUUCAUUGCUUCUUUUUCUUUUACCGCAUUCUGCUCCCAUCCCCCCGUCUCCUUUCUUUUUCUCUCUCUCUUUCUGUCUCCCCCCUCCCCUCUCUUUUCCUUGAGUAUUCUUUCGUUUCAGUCUCUCCUCCUGCCCCCCCAUCCAUUUGCUCAUCUCCUUGUCAGUCACCUUCCAUCUCUUUCUUUCUCUCACCGUCUCUCUUCUUUCUCCUCUCUCAUGUAACACGCUCGCAUCCGAGACUGUGCACGAAACAAUCUUCCAACACUUUCCCAUACUCGUAAACCUCACUUGAUCAAUGAGAGAGUGAAAAGAUACAGAGGGGAAGGCGCAGGGAUGCAUGGAUGAAACACAGAGAAGAACUCAGCUGCAGAUACAGGAAAAGAGACAGACAGGGAUGUGCAGAAACAAAGAUGAAGAAUGACACACAAAGAAAGAAGAAAGGAGGGCGAGUUGCUUUGGUGGAGCCAUAAUUUCAGACGGAUAUGAUGCUGAUCUUGUUUUUGUUGUUGGUGUGUGCGUCUUUUGACUUUGAUGUGACUUAACCUAUUGAUUACUGGACUGUCAAGGAACCUUGUGCAUCAGUGCUGCGCCUGUGUAUGCGUGUGUUUUUAAACCUACUGGCCACACGUGCUCAUUUGGCUGCAAGGAUAUUUGGUUUGUUUAGUGUCUGCUCUGUGUUUGCGCUGGUGCGACCAGACUCUCUACCGAAACUGUGCUGAAGACUAAAGAGAAGGAGGCGGAGGGUAGCGUUAGCCCCGCCUCCUCACAUCCCUCACGUAUAAAUAGGAGGCAAACAUAGUCUAUUCUCACUCAACACUCGCACUGAAGAAUGAGAUCCUUGAAGCACCUGAAACCUCACAGCAGGAGGAGCGUGGAGGAGGCGAGCCGGCGCCUGGGUAGAUGUGAGCCCAAGGUAAUGGCCAGGCUGGUGGACAUAGGCACACAGACAGAUCCAGUAGUUGUGCUGUCCUUGGCCCAGGCCGCCGUGCUAGGUCUCAUCUCCCAGAAUGAAGUAUUCGGAGCUACCAUUGCACCAAACGGCUUCUACACUGGUGAACCAAAAGAGUCCCCUGCACCCCCAGUAGACGGAGUUGACUACGAGUACGCAGACCAACUUAUCGGCGCCAACGGAGAUUAUCUUGGAGAAAACUUGGGAGAAGACGGUCAGAUGCAACCAAGCUGCAGCCAGCGGCGGUGGCAGCAGGGGCCGCCUCAGCAUCCAGAUGGGAAAAUGGUGGUCCCCGAUCGUCAUGGCCUUCAAGCAGGUGACAUGUCCUCUUCCCACGUGAAAGGGGAAGGGAUGAACUCUGGAAUGUCCUCCUGUGUCCACAUGCUGAACAAUAUGGCUCCCAGAGGUGGUCUGGUUCAAGUAGAUCCGGCCACCCUGAGAGGCACCAACAAGAACUGUGCAGAAUGUGAGCGGGAUGCUACAAACCAGCAGCAAGCCAACACACAUGUCCACCCCCCUCCUCCCCAGGUGGCCCACAGGGGACCGGAGCAGGGCCACAGAGGACUGCAGGGCCAGCGCCCGAUGGGGGGCCACGGUCGAGGUGGUAGAGAGGAUGAAGAAGAGGUAGAACACCAGGGGAACACAAUGAUGAAACCCACACAGCAGGAGGAAGCUAUCAGCAGCUACUUCCAGACCAGUGAAGUGGGAAGCUACGAUUCUACAGAGAUGGGAAUGGGGGGCGAGUAUGAAGACAGCAGCCAGAGUAUGAUGUGGACAGACGGGAGUGCGGCAGGGCAGCAUCCCCAGCCUCCACACCCCCAGCCUCCACGUAGACACGGUGGCCGUAGAGUAGACCGGCUAGAUAUCAACAUCCAGAUUGAUGAAUCCUACUGCGUAGACGUGGGAGACGGUUUGAAACGCUGGAAAUGUCGCAUGUGUGAUAAAUCCUACACCUCUAAGUAUAACCUGGUCACACACAUCCUGGGCCACAACGGCAUCAAACCGCAUGCUUGUCCACAUUGCGGAAAGCUUUUCAAGCAGCCCAGUCACCUCCAAACCCAUCUGCUAACCCACCAAGGUACGCGGCCUCACAAGUGCACAGUCUGCAAGAAGGGCUUCACCCAGACCAGUCACCUGAAGCGACACAUGCUGCAACACACCGAUGUAAAGCCCUACAGCUGCCGCUUCUGCCGCCGUGGCUUCGCCUAUCCCAGCGAACUGCGAGCGCACGAGGUGAAGCACGAACGAGGCCGCUGCCAUGUGUGCUCGCAAUGUGGCAUGGAGUUCCCCACCUAUGCUCACCUCAAACGCCACCAGACCAGCCACCAGGGCCCCCACACCUUCCAGUGCACCGAGUGUAAUAAGUCUUUCGCCUACCGUAGCCAGCUCCAGAACCACCUCCUGAAGCACCAGAGCCCGAGGCCUUACACCUGCUCCCAGUGCGGCCUGGAGUUUGUGCAACUCCACCACCUACGUCAGCACUCGCUCACCCAUAAGGUAUCUGACUGCUCAAGUUGCACACAUGCUGUAAAUGUUACCUGUAGAUCAGUAUUCA